AUGACACCACGCAGACAUCUUAAAGUUGAAGAAAACGUAGAUACAACUAAAUCAGUACCAGUAUUGUCAGGGCGUGCUACUGCUUUUGACGUAAAAGUUCCUGUAAAAUUAGCAACGAAAGAUGAAGCUGCAGUGAUUGUACAAUCGCCUCGAACAGUUAUUACCGACGGUCGAUCCCCAGAUGGUCAGCCACGUGUGAUUAAUUUUCCAGUCGGUGGAAUGGAUGUUAAAAUUACAACACAGAAUGUAGCAAUUGUAAGCAAUGAGCAAUUGAAAGAAAAAUAUCAAAAAGAGAUAAAACAAAAACAAGGAAAAGUAAAACAAAUAUCAAAUAAUACAUUCACCAAACUGCCAUCAUUACAUCAGCCAGCAGAGACUGAAAUACUUGAUGAAGUUUCGAAGGAUACUGAUAGACUGCGGAAUCAACUAAAAUCUAACUUUCUCAACACCAAAACCAGUGAACUGAUACCUAAUGAAACCAGAAAAGCAAAUAUUCUAACCAAUAAUUCUUUUCAAGAAUAUGAAAAACAAUCCAGUAGGAUACACUUCCAUCCCGAUUUAUUAGUUUUUAGCGCUAAUGGCUGA